CGGACGGUUCCUUUCCUGGAGGCGAUGGCGAGGGGGGCGUGGGAGGAGGCGGUCGCAUUCCUAGAGACGGUGCCGCGCGAGGAGCGGUCGGCGCCACGGCUGCAGCUGCUCGAGGCGCGCGCCUACCAGAAGCUCGGGCGGUGGGGCAGCGCGCAGCGCGCGGCGGCGCGCGUCGUGGAGGCGAGCGCGACGCACAGCAGCUGGGAGCGCGGGCAGCCGCGCAUGCUCGCGGUGGCGUUGGGCAGCGCCGCGGCGCUCGAGCUCGGCGACGGCAAGAAGGCGCUCGACUUCUUCUCGAGCGUGCUCAAGUACGACCCGGACCAGUCCUCCGUCCGCGAGCAGUACAAGAAGCUCAAGGCGGUGCUCAAGCUGACCGAGGAGGCCGAGGCGCAGCUGACCAAAGGGUACAACCACAAGGCGGUCAAGGCGCUCGACGACGUGCUCGGCAAGCUGCGCGGGAUGGACGUCGGCUCCGCGCUGUUUCGCGCGCAGCUGCUGCUCAAGCUGUGCCGCGCGCGGUCCGCGAUGAACAAGCACGAGGAGGCGAUGCACGACUGCCAGACGGCGUACCGAGCGGUCACCGAGCCGGGCCCAGGCGUGCCCGUCUCGCCGGCGCGCGUGCGCGAGGCGCUCGAGGCGCGCGCCUCGGCGCACGAGCACGACAAGAACUUUGACGGCGCGGUGGCCGACUGGCGCGCCGCGCUGGACAAGGCGCCGGCGGGCGAGAAGGCGCAGGAGCUGCAGCAGCGGCUCAGCCACGCGCUGGACCGGCAGCGGAGGUGGCAGUGCGUCGACCCGUCCGACCGCAAGGCGUGGCAGGACAACCGCUGCGGCCACCCCGGAGACCCAAAGAGCGGGCGCGACCACAGAGCUGUGCUCGAGCUGCCGGCCAACCUCGACCAGCUCGCGCCCGAGGCGCAGUGCGGCUGGGUGAACCGGCAGUACAGGAAGCUGGCGCGCGUGUGGCACCCCGACCGGUACAAGGGCGUCAAGGCGAGAGCGGAGCGGAAGAUGCGCGAGUGCGCAGAGGCGAAGGAGGUGCUCGUGAGGCAGCUGCGGUGCAGUGAGCACAAGGGGAGGUAGCGCCUUCGUCGGAGGUAGGGGCGCUCAUCUCAACUGUGUGUUUGAACUUCCCCGCCGUGCCCGUGGCCGCCGCCCCGCGCCCCGCCGGGAAAAAUCAAAAAACAAAAAAACUGUUCGC